GGGCGAGAUACUUGAAUCUUCUUAGUCUCCUCAAUUGCAGGAAAGACAGUGGUUCCUGACUUGGAAAAAUACUCAGAAAAAUAUGUGGAAUGAUAUUGAGUUGCUAACAAGUGAUGAUACAGGAAGUGGGUACCUGAAUGUUGGUUCAAGAAAAGAACAUGGAACUGCUUUAUAUCAAGUAGAUUUGCUAGUGAAGAUCUCCUCUGAAAAGGCUUCAUUAAACCCAGAGAUACAAGCAUGCAGCUUAAGUGAUGGGUUUAUUAUUGUAGCAGACCAAUCAGUGAUACUGCUUGACAGUAUCUGUAGAUCACUUCAAUUGCAUCUUAUAUUUGAUACUAAUGUGGAUGUGGUUGGCCUAUGUCAAGAAGGAAAGUUUCUUUUGGUUGGCGAGAGAAGUGGCAACUUACAUCUUAUUCAUGUAAAAUCAAAGCAAACAUUACUUACUAAUGCUUUUGUUCAGAAAGCAAAUGAUGAAAAUCAGUGUACCUACCGGACUCUUGUUAUUGAGAAAGAUGGCUCAAAUGAAGGUACCUAUUAUAUGCUGCUUCUUACAAACAGUGGAUUUUUUUAUAUUACAAAUCUUCAGCUUUUAAAACUUCAACAAGCAAUUGAGAAUGCAGACUUCAAUACAGCAAAAAAGUUACAAGGACAAAUCAAAUCCAGUUUCAUUUCUGCUGAAAAUUAUCAUACUCUUGGUUGUCUCAAUCUUGUGGCUGGAGAUUUAGCAAGUGAAAUCCCUGUGAUAAUUGGGGGAACUGGUAAUUGUGCAUUCUCAAAAUGGGAACCGGAUUCUUCCAGGAAAGAAAUGACAGUUAAGAACCUUAUUGAUGCAGAAAUUAUUAAAGGUGCAAAGAAGUUCCAGCUCAUAGACAAUCUGCUGUUUGUUCUUGAUACCAACAAUGUGCUGAGUUUAUGGGAUAUUUACAAUCUAACUCCUAUAUGGAACUGGCCCUCUCUUCACAUAGAAGAGUUUCUUCUUACUACAGAAGCAGAUUCUCCUUCAUCAGUCACAUGGCAAGGGAUUACGAAUCUGAAAUUGGUAGCUCUGACAACCACAACUACUAAGAAGAUGAAAAACCUCCUAGUUUAUUCAUUACCUACAAUGGAAAUACUGUAUUCUUUGGAAGUAUCUAGUGUUUCUUCUCUGGUCCAAACAGGAAUUAGCUCAGAUACUAUAUACCUCCUGGAAGGAAUUUGCAAAAAUGAUCCAACACUUUCUGAAGACUUGAUCUCUGUUUUAGUACUCAGAUGUCUUACAGAAGCUUUACCAGAAAACAGAUUGAGUCGGUUACUUCACAAACACAGAUUUGCUGAAGCUGAGAGCUUUGCCAUUCAGUUUGGACUGGAUAUUGAGCUUGUUUACAAGGUAAAAUCAAAUGAUAUAUUGGAGAAACUAGCCUUGAGUUCAGUGGACACCAGUGAGCAAACUGAAUGGGAAAAACUUGUAGAUGAAGCUAAGGGAAAUCUACAUAAAAUCCAGGAUGAUGAAUUUGUGGUGAAUUACUGUUUGAAGGCUCCAUGGAUAACCUAUGAAACCACUCAAGAAAUGCUCAAUUAUGCCAAAACCAGGCUUUUGAAGAAAGAAGAUAAAACUGUUUUUAUUUAUUCUGAUGGCUUAAAAGAGAUAUUAAGGGCUCAUGCAAAGUUGACUACUUUUUAUGGAGCAUUUGGACCAGAAAAAUUCAGUUGUAGUUCUUGGAUCGAAUUUCUGAAUAAUGAAGAUGAUCUUAAAGAUAUUUUUUUACAGCUAAGAGAAGGAAACCUUGUUUGUGCACAGUACCUUUGGCUUAGACAUCGGGCAAACUUUGAAAGGAAAUUUGACUUGAAAAUGCUUGAGUACUUGCUCAACUCAAUUUCUACACCAGUCUCUUUGCAAAAACUCUGUCCAUGGUUUAAAAAUGAUGUGAUUCCUUUUGUGAGAAGGACUGUACCUGAAGGACAAAAAAUUAUUGCAAAAUGGUUGGAGCAAGCAGCCAGGAACCUUGAAUUAACUGAUAAGGCAAACUGGCCAGAAAAUGGACUUCAACUGGCAGAGAUAUUUUUCACAGCAGAAAAAACAGAUGAGUUGGGAUUGGCUUCCUCUUGGGAUUGGAUUUCCUUGAAGGAUUAUCAGAACACGGAGGAAGUCUGUCAGUUAAGGACUUUGGUGAAUAACUUGCAAGAGUUGAUUGCAUUGCAUAGGAAAUACAACUGCAAACUGGCUCUCUCUGAUUUUGAGAAGGAAAAUGCUGCCACCAUAGUGUUCCGAAUGUUUGAUAAAGUGCUGGCUCCAGAGCUUAUUCCCUCUGUUCUAGAGAAGUUUAUAAGAGUUUAUAUUCAGGAACAUGGCUUGCAAGAGGAAGAACUUCUUUUAUUGUACAUAGAGGAUUUACUGAAGAGAUGUAGCUCAAAGUCAACAUCACUCUUUGAAACACCAUGGGAAGCAAAGGCCAUGGCAGUGAUAGGGUGUUUAUCUGACACAGAUCUCAUAUUUGAUGCUGUGCUUAAGAUAAUGUACGCAGCAGUGGUUCCUUGGAGUGCAGCUGUGGAGCAGCUGGUGAAACAACACCUAGAAAUGGACCAUCCCAAAGUCAAGUUAUUACAGGAAAGCUACAAAUUAAUGGAGAUGAAAAAGCUUCUUCGAGGCUACGGAAUAAGAGAGGUGAAUCUCUUAAAUAAGGAAAUAAUGAGGGUGGUCAGAUACAUUCUCAAACAAGAUGUCCCAUCUUCUCUAGAAGAUGCUUUGAAGGUAGCACAAGCAUUUAUGUUGUCUGAUGAUGAGAUCUACAGUCUGAGAAUUAUUGACCUAAUUGAUAGAGAUCAGGGUGAAGAUUGUCUCCUUCUGUUGAGGUCUCUACCUCCUGCUGAAGCUGAGAAAACUGCAGAAAGAGUUAUCAUAUGGGCACGACUUGCCCUACAAGAAGAACCAGAUAAUUCUAAAGAGGACAAGGCCUGGAGAAUGUCUGUUGCGAAGACAUCAGUAGACAUUCUUAAAAUACUACGCGACAUUCAGAAAGGCAAUCUUCAGAAGAAGGAUGAAUGUGAAGAAAUCUUAAAAUUAUUUAAAGUGGUUGCCAGCUUACAGGAGAACUUUGAGAUCUUUCUUUCAUUUGAAGAUUAUAGCAAUAGUUCCCUGGUUGCAGAUCUCCGUGAACAGUACAUUAAAAUGCAUGAAGUUGCACAGGCUAAACACAAACUCAGGAGCACCCUAGUGCCCAUGGCUGCUGAGGAAAAGAACCUGAGCCUGGAGUCAAAGGUGCACAGACAGGUGCUGGCCCUGCAGGGCUCCAGACAAGAGUUGGAGGCAGAGCUGACUUUAAGAGCCUUAAAAGAUGGGAAUGUAGGAACAGCCCUGAAAAAAUGCAGAGAUUUGUUUAAGUAUCACUGCAAUGCCGACACUGGGAAAUUACUAUUUCUGACAUGUCAGAGACUUUGUCAGAUGUUGGCUGAUGAUAUCCCAAUGGCAGCACCUGUGGGACUGAACCUUCCUUCUGAGAUACAUGAUCUAGCAUGCCAAGCUGCCACCAUCUGCAGUCCAGGAGAUGGCCUUAUUUUACCUGUUAUCAAUUACAUUUCUGCCCUGCUUCAGAACCUUCAGGAAUCUAGCCAGUGGGAACUGGCCCUAAGAUUUGUAGUUGGUUCAUUUGGUACCUGUCUUCAGCACUCUGUGUCAAACUUCAUGAAUGCCAGUUUAAGUGAAAAGUUAUUUGGAGAGACUGCAUUAUUUAAAUCGAGGAAUAUUGUUAUGGAAUUGAAAGAAAAAGCAGUUAUGUUUAUCAGGGAAAAUGCUACAACACUACUACACAAAGUAUUUAAUUGUCGCCUGGUGGAUCUUGACCUGGCAUUGGGUUACUGCACUUUCUUACCCGAAAAAGAUGUGUUUGAAAAUCUCUGGAAGCUCAUAGAUAAAGCAUGGCAGAAUUAUGACAAAAUUCUGGCAAUAUCUCUGGUAGGUUCUCAGCUAGCCAGUCUCUAUAAGGAAAUAGAAAUGGAGCUUAAGUUCCGUGAACUCAGUACUGAUGCCCAGUGGGGUAUUCGCCUUGGUAAACUUGGAGUGAGAGAUAAAAGCACAUUUCAGUUGGACUGUGAUGCAGCUCUUCAGCUAUUCAUUGAAACACUGCUCCACAACAGCAAUGCCAGCCAAAGCCAGAGAGAUGCAAGUCCAGAGUGUACAAAGCAACAUCGUUCCAAACUCUUGGCCAAAGUCCUCGAAAUGGUUCCUUUACUGACCACCACAAAAGAUUUGGUCAUCAGUCUUAGUGGAAUACUACAUCAGUUGGAUCCCUAUGACUAUGAAAUGAUUGAAGUUGUCCUGAAGGUUAUAGAAAGAGCCGACGAAAAGAUAACCAAUAUUAAUAUUAAUCAGGCAUUGAAUAUUCUGAAACAUUUGAAGUCAUACAGAAGAAUUUCUCCUCCAGUGGACCUAGAAUAUCAGUAUAUGUUGGAACAUGUAAUAACUUUGCCAUCAGCUGCCCAAACUAGACUGCCUUUUCACCUAAUAUUCUUUGGCACAGCACAGAACUUCUGGAAAAUUCUCUCUACAGAACUCAGUGAAGAAUCCUUCCCAACAUUGCUCUUAAUUUCUAAAUUAAUGAAGUUCUCUCUGGACACUCUGUACGUGUCUACAGCCAAACAUGUUUUUGAGAAAAAACUGAAACCGAAGCUCUUUAAGUUAACACAAGCUAAAUCCUCAACACUGAUUAACAAGGAAGUAACUAAGAUCACUCAGACCAUCGAAUCCUACUUACUGUCGAUAGUCAACCCAGAGUGGGCUGUGGCUAUUGCCAUCAGCCUUGCCCAGGAUAUCCCUGAAGGUUCCUUCAAGAUGUCUGCUUUGAAAUUCUGCCUUUAUUUAGCGGAAAGAUGGCUAGGGAAUAUCCCAUCACAGGAUGAAAAGCGUCAAAAAGCUGAGGCUUUGCUGAAGAAACUCCAUAUCCAGUACCGGCGAUCUGGGACAGAAGCUGUGCUCAUAGCCCACAAACUGAACACGGAGGAGUAUUUAAGAGUGAUAGGAAAGCCAGCACAUCUCAUUGUCAGUCUGUAUGAACAUCCUAGCAUCAGCCAAAGAAUUCAGAAUGCAUCUGGCAAAGAUUAUCCCGAUAUUCAUGCAGCAGCUAAAGAAAUAGCCGAAGUCAAUGAAAUCAAUUUGGAAAAAGUCUGGGACAUGUUGCUGGAAAAAUGGUUAUGCCCUUCAACAAAACCUGGUGAAAAUCCAUCAGAAUUGUUUGAACUUCAAGAAGAUGAAGCGCUACAGAGAGUCCAGUAUCUCCUUCUGUCCCGUCCGAUUGAUUAUAGUUCAAGAAUGCUAUUUGUAUUUGCAACAUCAGCAACAACCACAUUAGGUAUGCAUCAGUUAACAUUCGCUCACAGAACACGUGCUCUUCGGUGUCUCCUGUAUUUGGCUGACAAGAAAACUAUAGAAUCUCUCUUUAAAAAACAAAUCGAAGAAGUGAAAUCAGAUUUGAAAUGUCUAACCUUUCUGGCAUUAUUUGAGGCUUUGAAUAUCCCCAUCACAUAUGAACUAUUCUGCAGCAGUCCUAAAGAAGGAAUGAUUAAGGGUCUGUGGAAGAACCACAGUCACGAGGCCAUGGCGGUAAGAUUAGUGACUGAGCUUUGUUUAGAAUAUAAAAUCUAUGACCUACAGCUGUGGAAUGGACUCUUACAAAAGCUUCUUGGCUUCAAAAUGAUUUCUUAUCUAAGGAAAGUUUUAAAAGCCAUGUCUAGUAUCCAUUCUUUAUGGCAGGUCCCCUACUUUGGCAAAGCUUGGCAACGUGUGAUACAGAUACCACUACUUUCAGCCUCUUGUCCUUUAAGUCCCAGUCAGCUGUCAGAUUGUUGUGAGAGUCUCAUUGCUGUCCUAGAAUGUCCAGUAUCGGAUGAUCUCGACAUGGUUGGAGUUGCCAGGCAGUAUGUCCAGUUGGAACUUCCAGCAUUUGCACUGGCUUGUCUGAUGCUCAUGCCACACUCCGAGAAAAGGUGCCAGCAAAUUAAGAAUUUUCUGGACUCAUGUGAUCCUCAGAUCAUUUUACAGCAAUUAGAAGAGCAUAUGAAUACCAGCCAGUUAGCAGGAUUUUCACAUCAAAUUAGAAGUCUAAUUCUGAAUAAUAUCAUAAAUAAGAAGGACUUCGGGAUUUUGGCAAAGACAAAAUACUUUCAAGUAUUAAAAUUACAUAUGAUGAAUACCAACAAUAUCACUGAACUAGUAAACUAUUUGGCAAAUGAUUUAAGCAUAGAUGAAGCUUCGGUCUUAAUAACUGAAUAUUCAAAGCAUUGCGGGAAACCUGUACCGCCAGACACCACUCCAUGUGACAUUCUGAAGAUGUUUCAUAGUGGAUUAUGGUAAAUCAUAAAGCAAUCAAGAAUGACAAGAGGAAGUUUGGACUCUGCUAUGAAGGAACCAUAUUUAUUACAGUUGCAAAUUGUGCAGUCUCUGCAUUAUAGCAAUCCCUCAAACAUUAGCCCACAAGUAAUAUCACACUUAAUAUUAGCAUAAU